AUGUCUGCGAUGGAAAACGCGAUCUCCAAAGGCAUAGAGGCGGCACUCAGACGCAUCCUCGUCGAUAAGGAUAUUUUGACAUCCACGAAGCGUAGUCCUCGAAGGAAAAAGAAGCAGGAUGAUGAAAUUAGGAUAGAAAGGGCCGCAGAUUUGAGCCACGAAAGAGACUUCCUUCUUGGUGAAAUACGGCGUCUCCUCAAAGAUACCUUCAGUAUAUCUCAAGACGCAGAUUUUAUUGUGCACCAGCCGGCGGAUCGUGAAGAUGUGUACUCGUACUCAUCGCUACAAGCGGAUGCGGAUGGUCUGGAGAGCAGCCCAACCAAGGUUACAGCAAAGGGCUGCUUGGAGACUGCGGAAGAAGUGGAGGAGAGGUUGAUUGAUGCAAAAAGAGGUGAAAAUCUGAAGUCGGUUCGUCAAACAAACUCAGUCGGCGAAAUAGCAAAAGUCCUGGAGCAAGUUAUUGAGCUGAAGAAAGAUGGCGAGGACGACGACCUACCAGCUUGGCAGUGGCUUCAAAAACUAGUCAAGACGCUGGGAGACAGGGGUAUGAGUUCAGAAGAAAGUGAUAUCGAAAACGACGUUGAAUGUGUGCUCCGGGUCAAGAACAUGGCAUGGCGUAGCGGGAUAGAGCGAGAACUGAAUAUCAUCGAUAAUCAGAGAGUCUUGGAUGAUGAAAAUUUUCGUGCCCCAGGGUUCCAAACCAAUGAAGAGGAUACGCCUCAGGAAAUUCGACGACUGUACGGAACCCGGUCACUGGAUUACCCAAGGCCCUAUACAACGGCAGAUGGUUUGAUGGUCUUACUGGAGGUCAGGUAG